AUGAACCCCCAUGCAACCCCAGUCCUAGUCCUCAGUCUCGCAUUAGGCACAACAAUCACAAUCUCUAGCAACCACUGAGUCCUAGCCUGAACCGGACUAGAAAUUAACACACUAGCCAUCAUCCCCCUAAUCUCCAAAUCCCACCACCCGCGAGCAGUAGAAGCCGCGACAAAAUACUUCUUGACACAGGCAGCUGCCUCCGCCCUAGUACUAUUCUCCAGCAUAACCAACGCCUGAGCCACCGGCCAGUGAGACAUCACACAACUUAACCACCCAACCUCAUGUCUACUGCUCACAGCAGCAAUCGCAAUUAAAUUAGGCCUGGUCCCAUUUCACUUCUGAUUCCCAGAAGUCCUACAAGGAUCCCCCCUAAUAACGGCCCUCCUACUCUCAACCCUCAUAAAAUUCCCCCCACUGACCCUCCUCCUAAUGACAUCUAAAUCUCUCAACCCAGCCCUACUUACCGCAAUAGCCCUGGCCUCAGCAGCAUUGGGAGGCUGAAUAGGACUAAAUCAAACACAAACACGCAAAAUCCUAGCCUUCUCAUCCAUCUCCCACCUAGGCUGAAUCGCCAUCAUCCUAGUCUACAGCCCCAAGCUAGCACUACUCACCUUCUAUCUCUACACAAUCAUGACAUCAGCUGUAUUCAUGGCCCUAAACAAGAUUAAAGCUCUCAACCUGUCCAUAAUCCUAACCUCAUGGACAAAGACCCCGGUACUAAACGCCACCCUAAUGCUAGUGCUGCUGUCCCUGGCAGGCCUCCCCCCACUGACAGGGUUUAUACCAAAGUGACUCAUCAUCCAAGAGCUAACUAAGCAAGAGAUAACACCCGCAGCCAUAGCAAUCGCCAUGCUAUCCCUACUUAGCCUAUUCUUCUACCUACGCCUCGCAUACCACUCAACAAUCACCCUCCCACCAAACUCGUCCAACCACAUAAAACAGUGGUACACUAGCAAACCCCCAAGCACGCCCACCGCAAUCCUAGCCUCACUAUCAAUCCUCCUACUCCCCCUCUCCCCCAUAGUCCACGCUAUUGUCU